GAGGAAACUCUGAACACUCUCAAAUAUGCUAAUCGUGCUCGAAACAUUCAGAAUAAGCCUGUUAGAUUUGAUGUCGAAUGAGAUGAAAAAUAUGCGGCAGCAGCUAGAGUACUUGCAGGCUGAACUUAAUAAGGAGCUUUCUCGAGAACUACAUGAAUACCACAGCAGACGUGCUGUUGUAGAGCCGAGAGAAACAGAUGCUGAAGAUGGCUCCUGUUUUGUUAAAAGGGAUGGGCUAAAGAAGGGCUUACAGAGCAUGGAUGCAUCUGGUUAUCUCAUCCAAAUUGUGUCUAACAAUUGGUCGAGGGGGAACAACAUUAGUUACUUGCCAUGUUUCUGGAAAACUAAUUUUGUCCCAUUUAAUCAUUUGAGGAACAGCAACUUGGCUACUGUAAAGAUUGGUGUCAAUAAGCACUGUGUGACCUUGAUCACCCUGCUUUUUAAUAUAAGGAUUUAA